GCACAGUGUCGCCACGACAUCCUCGCACCCUACAACAUUCGCACCACGCCGCAUCUGAAUGUGUCUCUAGGCAUCGAACAAAUAUGGUCACCUCGUACACAACUGAGGUGCUGAUUAUACUAGGUCUGGGACUCUUUGUAUUCUGGAUAUGGUUCCAGGCUCGCGAGAGGCCUUUGCUGCGCUCUGUGGCCAUCCUCGUGCUUGGCGACGUCGGGAGGAGUCCGCGUAUGAUGUAUCAUGCGGAGAGCUUUGCUGGCCUUGAGUUCGAAACUUAUGUGAUUGGAAAUAAGGGAGCAACACCCAUACCAUCCCUCUUGUCGUCUCCCAACGUCCGGUUCUUAUACCUCCCCGACCCACCGAAGCCAAUACCUGGCGUCCCCUUUGUGCUCUUUGCUCCCUGCAAGAUCCUGUUGCAAAUAUUUCACAUACUCGACGCUUUGUUGAACAGGGUACCGCAUCCGCCAGAGUUCAUUCUCGUACAGAACCCUCCCAGUAUCCCAACUCUUGCGUUGGUCUGGCUGGUCGGCCGCAUCCAAGGGAUCAAGGUUAUCAUUGACUGGCAUAACCUUGGAUGCAGUAUCCUCGCUUUGAAGCUUGGGCAGAAUCAUUUGUUUGUUAAAGUCGCCGAAUGGUUCGAGUCGUACUUUGGUCGCUCCGCUUAUGCGCAUCUCUUUGUCACGCGAGCCAUGCGCGACUACUUGGUAGAGAACUGGGGUCUUAAGGGCAUGAAAACUGUACUGCAUGAUAGGCCGCCUGCACGCUUUCACAGAGCGGCUCCUUCAGAGACACACCGGCUCCUCCUCAAGCUUCGACCUUCGUUAGACGUAUCCGCCCUUCCUUCCUUCCUUCCGCCCUGCACACCCCCAAACUCAACACCGUUCACACACCUGACUGCAGACGCGCCCAUAGACACACUCACGCUGAUCGUGGACAGCGCCUUCGACGGCACACCGAUGCCACAGAAGCGUUCGGAUCGCCCUGCACUCCUCGUCUCGAGCACGUCCUGGACGCCUGAUGAAGACUUUGGUAUGCUCCUGCAGGCACUGACUCUCUACGAGCACAAGGCCCGCGCAGCGGACGGACGCCUGCCGAAGGUGCUCAUGGUCGUCACAGGCAAGGGCCCUGAUCGCGCGCGGUACAUCCAGGAGGUCGCGGAGCUCCAGGGAGAGGAUGGGUGGAGGUAUGUGCGGUGUAUCAGUAUGUGGCUCGAGGCGGCGGAUUAUCCGAUUAUGCUCGGCUCGGCCGACAUCGGCAUCUCCCUACACUCCAGCUCCUCAGCACUCGAUCUCCCUAUGAAAGUAGUCGACAUGUUUGGAUGUGGAUUGCCUGUAUGCGCUCUCGACUUUGCAUGCUUGGAUGAGUUGGUCAAAGACGGUGUAAACGGGCUGGUCUUUCGCAAUGCAGAGCAGCUUGCUUCACAGCUCGAGAGCUUACUAACGGGCUUUCCGAACUGUCAAACCCUCGACUCACUCCGCCGCUCACUCAUCCGCAACACACCUAUUGAGCCAGGACGCAUGGAGCAUCUAGGGCUACGCUCACCCGACUCACCGAGCGCGCACACCGACGCACCCGACUGGCCGGGUCAUGCUGAGGAACCUGGGGCAGUAGAGGAAUGGGAAUGGAGCUCGUGGUCGCAGAACUGGGAUCGAGUGAUGAAGCCGCUGAUAUUGUCGGAUGUAUAUUGAGAAAAGUCUAGAGAUACAGAUUAAUGUGGAGAUACAUGAUUGACGGGAUGCAAUGAAGUAUGUUUAGCUGCCCGCUGUCGCAGCAAACGUGAGCGUCUCGACGCGACCCUUGCCCUUGCAUUCCUUCUGGAGCAGCUCGUUGAUGACGCGGAACUGGCCCGGGUCGAUGAGCAUGAUCGCUUCCCACUCAUCCUGUCCCAUCUCAUCCUCCUCUACCUUUUCUGCACCCUCGACAAUCUGUUCCCGAAGACGCUUGCCAUCCUUCGUCGGCAUCGAGACACGGACACGCAUGCGUGCACGUUGUAUGGGCAGCUUCGAUUCCGUCUGAAGCAGGCGGAUGACCUCCGAGACCUGGCUCUUCGCCGUCUUGCCCUGCUUAACACUGAAGCCUGCCUCUGUCAUGGCCUUGUCGAUAACGCCGACGGGGUAAGGCCGUUGUGUCUCAGGGUCGACGCAUUUCUCUGCUACUAGUGUCGCGAUCUCUUUUCGCAAAGCAGAGAGAUCAUGCUCGCGCUCCUUCUCGCCCACUUGGAGUUCGCCCUUCUUCAAGAUCUCCUUCACGAUCUCGUCAGUGUCUGUGGUACUGAAGGCCUUCUGCAGGUCUUGGUGCUUUGCAAGCUCUCCCUUGGAGACGUUUACGAACACGUUUGCAAUUUGCAGGACGUCAUCAAGGUUCGUCUCGACCCCGUUCCGCCACUCCUGCACUUUGUUCUUGUAGCAUGCGAUCUCGAAUCGCUUUCCCCCCUUCUUUAGACGGACGAUAGAUACGUUCGUAAGUUUAAUUUGGCCUGAGGGCUGUUGAAUGGGCAUCCUGGGCAAAGUGUUCUCACCGUAUGUAAUCCCCGAGUGUCUGUCGUCGUCGUCAAAUAGGUCGUCCAAGUGCC